AAAACAGACCUACAUUUCUUGACUAAUAUAUACAUAUAUCUGCUUUAUUCCACUGCAUUUCAAACCGCUGAAUCUCUUCGUAAACCCAGAUAUGGAUCCAGAAGCGGUGGAUAUAACACCGCCACCACCGCAUAAACAAGCUGCUGAAACUCUCCGAGCAGCUAUAUGGAUGCUAUCGGUAGUAAUAUUACUUGGUUAUUUCAGUCUGCUGAUUAUAAUGCCUACUAAUUUAUACUGGCGCCACUGGUAUGACAAAAUUAACGACAACGUUAAUUCUACUUAUCUUGGAAAACAAGGUCAGCCAUUUUUGCUCUACUUUUUUCCGCUUCUUUUUGUUGCUGUAUUGGGUUGUGUUUAUCUCUAUCUGGGGAAGAUUUUAAAUGCUAAUACAUGGCAAAGCAAAAAUGGCAGAAAAUAUCAGUUGGCGGCGGUGAAGAAGCCUAUGGUAGUAAAAGGUCCACUAGGGAUAGUUUCGGGAAUUGAAUUGGCUUUCUUGUUAAUGUUCAUUGCACUGCUGAUUUGGACUUUAUCAACUUAUAUGCAUGAUAGCUUCUCUACUAUUACUCCAGAGUUUGCUGCAACUAAACAUGAGAAAAUAUGGGAGGCUAAAUUGGAGAGCACAUCGUUUCUGUUGAGCUUGGCUGGGAAUUUAUGUUUGACAUUUCUGUUUUUUCCGGUGGUUCGAGGGUCAUCGGUGCUGCCAUUGUUUGGGUUGACGGCGGAGGGCAGCAUUAAGUACCAUAUAUGGAUAGGUCAUUUGAUGAUGGUGUUUUUUACUGCUCAUGGAGUUGGUUAUAUCAUCUACUGGGCUAUAACUAACCAGAUUUCAGAGGUGCUGAAAUGGGAAAAAACACACGUAUCAAAUGUGGCCGGAGAGAUAUCAUUAGUAGCUGGGCUGGGCCUUUGGGCCACAACCUUCCCUCGCAUAAGGCAAAAAAUGUUUGAGCUCUUCUUUUACACUCAUCAUCUCUAUAUACUCUUCAUACUUUUCUUCAUACUACAUAUUUCUGUUGGCUACUCCUGUAUUAUGAUGCUCCCUGGAUUUUACCUCUUCUUCAUCGAUCGGUACUUACGAUUCCUGCAAUCAAGAACCGGUGUUCGCAUAGUUUCGGCCCGUAUUUUGCCAUGUGAUACUUUGGAAAUCAACUUCUCUAAAAGCCCUGGUUUAAGUUAUAAUCCGACGAGCAUUCUGUUCUUGAAUGUGCCUAGUGUUUCUAAAUUUCAGUGGCAUCCUUUCACUAUAAAUUCAAAUAGUAACUUGGAACCUGAAACAUUGAGUGUUGUCAUUAAAAGUGAAGGAAGUUGGUCCAAGAAACUAUACCAAAUGCUUUCUUCAUCUUCUCCGAUAGACCGUCUCGAAGUUUCAGUUGAAGGACCUUAUGGACCUGCUUCAACUCAUUUUCUCAGGCAUGAUACACUCGUGAUGGUGAGUGGAGGCAGCGGCAUUACGCCUUUCAUAUCUAUAAUACGAGAACUUAUCUAUGUGAGCAGAGAAUACAAGUGCAUGAUUCCAAAAGUAAUCCUAAUUUGCUCAUUCAAGAACUCUUCAGACCUCACCAUGAUAGACCUUCUCCUUCCAAUAUCUGGAACCCCAUCCGAAUUUUCCAAUCUGCAGCUUAAGGUCGAGGCUUACGUUACUAGAGAGAAAGAGCCUGCACUUGAUAAUUCGAAGCUCAUUCAAACUAUAUGGUUCAAGCCCCACCCAACAGAUUUGCCAGUUUCUGCUAUUUUAGGCCCUAACAGCUGGCUAUGGCUUGCCGCAAUUAUAUCAUCUUCUGUCAUCAUUUUCCUCAUCAUAAUUGGCCUAAUCAACAGAUAUUACAUUUAUCCUAUCGAUCACAACACCGGGAAGGUUUUCUCACACUCUCUAAAGUCUGUUCUUGAUAUAUUAGCGAUAAGCAUAUGCAUAGCUGCAACAGCAAGUGCAGCUGUUUUUUGGAACAAGAAACAGAAUGAAAGGGAAGCAAAGAAGAUUAAGAUCGUUGAAGGGUCACCGGAGUCUCGGUUAUAUAAUAAUGGUGACAGGGAAUUGGAAAGUCUACCUCACCAGUCUCUUGUCCAGAAUACUAAUGUGCAGUAUGGUAAAAGACCUGAUCUAAAGAAAUUGCUAUUUGAAUACAAAGGAUCAAGCGGGUCAAGCGUGGGGGUUCUUGUUUGCGGACCAAAGAAGAUGAGACAUGAUGUAGCAACUAUAUGUUCAUCGGGAUUGGCCGAUAAUUUGCACUUCGAAUUCAUCAGCUUCAGCUGGUGAUACAUCAUCUUCGUUAUAAGGUUUACAGUUGGCUCAACCACAACUGUCACAUAUUGUACUUCUACAAGCACUUUCAAGCAGGCAUUAGAUUUCUGUACAUGUAAAUUGUUACACAAAAAGAAUACAAAAAUAGCAUUGCCUUAAA